AUGUCUAGCCUCUACAUCGAGUCCACUCCUUCUGAGGUCUCCAAGGCUAACGGUAUCCACCUGUUGACUUACAGCUCUCCCAAUGGCCAAAAGGUGCAGAUCUUGCUUGAAGAACUCGCUCUUCUCUACGGGAUUCAAUGGACAACAUCAAUCAUCAACAUUAUGCAGAAUGAACAAAAAGAAGACUGGUAUCUGAGACUGAAUCCCAAUGGCAAGAUUCCCGUGGUCGUCGACAACUGCAGAAGCGCCCCCUUUCCUGUCAUUGAAACAUCAGCCGAAUUGCUCUACCUGGCUGAAAAAUACGACAAGGACUACGCGCUGAGCUUUCAAGACCCACUCGAGCGAAGUCAGAUGAUUCAAUGGCUCUUCUUCUGGCACGGCUCCGGUGCACCUCCAUACGGUCAGCUCUGGUACUUUAGCAAAUUCGCGAAGGACAAGAAUCCCGCAGCCAUUGAGCGAUUUCGCAACGAGACUCUGCGUGUGUUUGGUGUACUCGAAUUACAUCUCUCUGGCAAGAACAGCGAUGGACAGCCCAGAGAAUAUUUGGCUGGCUCUGGAAAGGGCAGAUACAGUCUCGCAGAUAUCGGAGCUUAUCCUUGGGUUGCGAAGUGGGAGGUUACUGGAUUUGAAAAGAAGGAUAUGGAGGCCUUCCCUAGCGUACUUGCUUGGCUCGAACGUAUCGAGCAGAGAGAGGCUGUCAAAACUGGUACUGGAGAUAAGUACCAGAAGAAGCCUUGA